AUGGGCUUUAAGUUCACACAAUUGUGUAGCAAAAUUUUACAAGAAAAUGUACGAAAAGCAUAUGGACAUCAUGUCCGUGUCUUCAGCACCAAUUGUGGUGAAUUUGAAGCGAGGACUGGUAGGCAAGGUCAUAAGCAGGUGGUCAAGCUAAAUGAUCAAACUUACUAUUGUGGCAAAUUCCAAGAGAUGAGAAUCUCGUGCUCUCAUGUCAUUGCAAUAUGCCAAUCCAAAGUAAUAGAUUAUGGGCAAUAUGUGUCUGAUUAUUAUAAGUUGGAACGAGCAUUGAAAUGUUAUGAGUUAAUGUUCCAUGCUCAUGGAGAUGAAGCUUAUUGGCUAGAAUCGAAUGGCGAUCCUCUUGUUCCUGACUCAACAAGGAAAAGGCAGAAAGGGAGACCAAUGUCCAGUAGAAGGAUGAGCGAAAUGGAUUGGAUGCUUAAGGGAAAAUUAGGGAAGAGAUCAACAAUCUACUGUUCAAUUUGUCUUGAACCCUGA